AUGUAUGCUGAUGAUUUAAUUGCGAUGUGUAAUACUAUUAAUGAUCUUGAAAAAUUUAUUCUUGUAUUUGAAAAAGUAACACAACAACAUGGAUUAAUAAUGAGUGCGAAGAAAACAUAUAUAAUGUCUUUACAACAGUUUAAACAAGAUGUUAAUGGAAAAAUUUUCAAGAAUCAAGAAGUUGAUCAAUUUGAUGUUGAUAUAUUAAUUAGAAAUCAUAAAAUUGAAAUAACUGACUCAUUUUGUUAUUUAGGUUGUUUACUUUCUAGAGAUCAACAUCUUGAUAAAGAAAUUGAAGUUAGAUUAACAAAAGCAACAGCAGCAUUUAAUAUGCUAAAAAGUGUUAUUUGGUAUCGUAAAACAGUUUCUGUAAAUGCCAAGUUACGCAUUUUUCGAGCCUGCAUACUUCCUGUUCUUUUAUACGGUAGUGAAGUAUGGACUUUAACGGUGGCUCAAGAAAAUUGA